AUGGAGCUGCCCAAUGGGACCAUGGGACCGGAAUUCAUCCUGCUAGGCUUCAGAGUUGGACAAGAGGGUUGCUUGCUCCUUCUCCUUUUCUUCACAGCUGUCUACACCAUUACUCAGGCUGAGAACAUCUCCAUCAUCCUGCUAAUAGUUCAAGAUGCCCAUCUGGCCCACCAUCCUAUGUACAUCCUACUGGGUAACUUUUCCUGGCUGGAGAUAUGUUAUGUGAGUGCCACUGUGCCACGGAUGCUCUUUGACUUGUCCUUCCCUGGUGGAGUCAUCUCCUUCCAUGCUUGCUUCCUUCAGUUUUAUGUCUUCUUCUCCCUUGGCAUUACUGAAUGCUUCUUUCUCUCUGCCAUGGCUUUGGAUCGAUACUUGGCCAUCUGCCAUCCUCUGCGCUACCCACAAAUCAUGUCCCAAGAUGCUUGCUAUACACUAGUGGCUGCUUGCUGGAUCAUUGGCUUUGUAUGGUAUGCUGGACCAGUGCUUUUGAUCUCCAGGUUGUCCUUCUGUGGCUCCAGAGUCAUUGAUCACUUUGUGUGUGAUCCUGGCCCCAUUCUAGCCCUUGCUUGCCCCCCACUUGGGUAUAUACCACACUUCUGCCAGAUCUCCAUAGCUUCUGUGGUUUUGGCCACCUUCCUCUUCAUUCUGGUCUCCUAUGCAUGCGUGUGUUUUACUCUUGUGAAAACCUCUAGGAACUGCAUCAAGGGGUUCUCCACAGUUACUUCUCACUUAACUGUGGUGAUGCUUUUCUAUGGUUCUGUUGUGGCUAUGUAUGUAGGACCCAGUGGGGGAAACCAUGCUGAGAUCACAAAGGUGGUGACUCUUUUCUAUUCUGCCAUUACCCCACUGCUUAACCCCCUGAUCUACUGCUUCAGGAACAAUCAAGUGAAAGAAGCAUUUGCCAGGUUCUUGAGAAGAAAGAGGGUGAUGUAG